GGCUCCAAAAAAAAAGUUGGUCAGGCUCCAGUUAAUGCAGUGCUGAACUCGGUUCCUGUGGUCACAAGGUUACACAACUCACAUUUUUAUUGCCACAAGCAACGUCGUCUUUUGCAAGGGAAAAUAUUAUUUAUUUCGCCAUGAAUCCUGACAUAACUAGAGAGCGUGAGAAUGCUACAUUUAACGUGGAGAAACUCACACAUAUUCUGGACGGAGGCAUCGAGAAGACCAAAAGAAGAAGAGAAAUUGAGUCACUGGUGAUCAGUGACCCCGACUUCCAAAGUGAGGACCUCAACUUCCUGUCCAGGAGCGAGCGAUACGAUGCCGCGGUGAAGAAGAGUGCCCAGAUGAUCCUGAAGCUCAGAGAGUAUGGCAUCUCAGACCCUGAGGAAAUCUACUGCUACAAGAGCGUGUUUCGGGGCAACCAUCAGGAGGCUCUGGGGCUCCACUUCGUCAUGUUCCUCCCCACCCUGUACACCCAGUGUAACAAGGAGCAGUUCAAGAAGUGGGUCCCCCUGGCCGAGUCCUUCAAGGCCCUGGGCACCUACGCCCAGACAGAGUUGGGGCACGGCACCCACCUCAGGGGGCUUGAAACCACGGCAACAUAUGACCCGGCCACCCAGGAGUUUGUCCUGAACAGCCCGACCAUCACCUCCAUCAAGUGGUGGCCUGGGGGACUGGGUAAGACGUCUAACCACGCCAUAGUUCUGGCCCAGCUCCACACCCAGGGGAAGUGUCACGGCCUGCACGCCUUCAUCGUACCUCUCCGCAGUAUGAACACACACAUACCACUGCCAGGUGUGGUGGUAGGCGACAUAGGACCCAAGUUCGGCUUUGAUGAGGUUGACAAUGGUUACCUGAAAUUGGAGAACGUACGAAUUCCUCGCGAACACAUGCUGAUGAAAUAUGCAAAGGUGGAGGCAGACGGUACGUACGUGAAGCCUCCCAGUGACAAGCUGACCUACGGCACCAUGGUGUUCAUCAGGUCCAUGAUCGUAGGGGAAGCGGGCCGCGCCCUCGCCAAGUCCUGCACUAUCGCCAUCCGCUACAGUUCCGUACGGCACCAGUCUGAGAUACGCCCAGGAGAGCCGGAGCCCCAGAUCAUGGACUACCAGACCCAACAGUACAAGCUGUUCCCCCUGCUGGCUACAGCCUAUGCCUACAAAUUUGUGGGUCAGUACAUGAACGACGUCUACCACCGCAUCACUGGAGACAUCAGCCAGGGAGACUUCAGUGAACUACCAGAGCUCCAUGCCCUGUCCGCGGGCCUGAAGGCCUUCACCACAUGGACGGCCAGCGCGGGCAUUGAGGUGUGUCGCAUGGCGUGCGGCGGGCACGGCUACUCCCGCUGCAGCGCCCUCCCAGACAUCUAUGUUAACUUCGUGCCCACGUGCACCUACGAGGGAGAGAACACCGUCAUGAUGCUGCAGACCGCUAGGUUCUUGAUAAAGAGCUACCGGCAGGCGUCGGCAGGCCACCAGCUGAGUGGCAUCGUGUCCUACCUGAACGAGUCAGAGCGUAGCCUGCAGCCCCAGUCUGUGUCCUCCCGACCCACUGUCGUCAACGUCAAUGACCUGGCCAGCCUUGUGGAGGCUUACAAACUGCGAGCUGCCAAGCUGGUUGAGUUGGCAGCUAAGAGUAUUCAGCAGGAGCUACAGAAGAGAGUCAGUCAGGAAGAUGCCUGGAACAACAGCGCUAUAGACCUGGUCAGAGCCUCUGAUGCCCACUGUCACUAUGUGGUGGUGAAGCUGUUUGCAGCUAAGCUGGGGGAGAUAGGAGACACGGGGGUUCACUCUGUCCUCAGCACCCUGGCCCUGCUCUAUGCCCUCCAGGGCAUCCAACAGCACAGUGGAGACUUCCUCCAGACUGGUCUCCUGAGUGUGCCCCAGCUCUCCCAGGUGUCCCAGCGUCUGAAGGAGCUUCUGGCCCAGCUGAGGCCCAACGCCGUGGCCCUGGUGGACGCCUUCGACUACUGCGACGAAAUGCUCAACUCCGUCCUGGGACGCUACGACGGCAACGUCUAUGAGCACAUGUUCGAGUGGGCCCGCCGCUCACCUCUCAACAAGACAGAGGUCCACGAGUCCUACCACAAGUACCUGAAACCCUUGCAGGCCAAGCUGUAAGAUGACCUCUGAGCCUUCUCACCUGACCCCUCCACUACAGGGACGGGAAGCACACUAACAACACCAAUCCAACAGUGGGACCACAACAUGGCCGCCGCCGCCCGUCCACCAAUCGGAAGGGGCUCACCCGCCCCUUCUGUGUUUAACCAACCACAGGUGGUGGAACAUUUUUAAAGGGGAACCAUUGGAGACCAGCCUCCUUACCCCAACUCUACUGAUGUGCUGCUAAUGAAUCAAUCAUUCUACUGGACGUAUUAAACUAGUACUUUAGUUUAUGAGUUUGAUAUACCCUGUGCCUAGUUAAUGGAUUUAAUCGAAGGUCUGAGAAAACAUAAGAUGGAGAGGAAGCAAAACUGUCGUGAGCAUGCGAGGUGGCCUAAAGAUGAAGGGGUUUUAAUGACUGAUCCUUGUGAUCUAAUCAAGCUCUUUGGAUCAUGUACAUUGAAAAUCUCUCGAUUUGUUGAGAUAUGUUGAAUCCCAUUUUUAAUCUGGAUAAUUUCUGAUCAUGCAUGUCACAGCAUUUGACGCUAAUGUACUGUGGACGGUUGUCUUUAGUAGUGAUUGACGGGUCAGUUGUGGUUUGCAAUGAACAACGGUGUGCCUGUCUCUUGUCUAGGUGUGAGAGAGUUUGUGCUUGUGGGGUAAUGAAUAUGAUUAGUGAAUAACGAGUUGAUGAGUAAGCUAUACCAGUGUGUGAUUCUGAUACUAGUGAUUUGAGAAAAGGGGCCUUUCAAUUAUUGCACUUAAUACAAACCACUAGUGUAUAUAUGCCUGAGGAUCUUUUCUACCAUGUGGGGCUUAAUUACCAAGAAAUGACAUGAAAAUCAAACUAGCUUGAAGAACAAGGUCGUAUUCAUUAGGGCACACUGUGGUAAAACGUCUUGCAAUGGAAAGAAAAAAAGAGGUUCUUAUAGGACAAGUCCAGAUAGUCCCCCCAUCUGUUUCAGUCAGUUUUCUUUCAUUUGGUGCCUGUUGAAUACAACCCUGAUGUUGCAUUCGGAACAAGUACAUUCUUCAGUAGAAUGAAAUAAGUAUUUUUAUACUCGAUUACUGCUGUUGACUUUUACAGUAUUUUGCAGAUUGAUACAUGAUUGAUACAGUUUCAAAUGGAACGAAGCAGUAAUAACUGUUUGUGGGAAAAUUAUGUGCCAUCGGAAUUUGUCUUACUUUAAUGAAGCUAACAUGGUAGUAUUAUCACACAUGGUCCAUGCAUAUAUUUUAGAAUAUGCUUUAUCAAUUUAUUUUGUGGAUUUUCGUUGCAAUAGAAGGAUGUAUGAUUAUUAUUUCAAUGUAGCAACCGAAUUUUUGUUUUAGCACAUUUUUGUGAUCGUAUAGGAAAUCCAUUCAGACUGAUUGUUUUAAAAGUGAAUAAUUUGUCAUGCUUAAUGAUCUUAGUUUUUAAUAUUUCCAGUUUUUUUUUUACUAUCGAAUGAUGUUCAUGGUUUCCUUCAACAUCGUUUCAUAGACUGCCAGAAGCAACCACUAGAUGGUGUUAUGAAAUCAGACUUUUUUCCUAAGUCAGAGCCAUGUGUUUUCAUAACAUUUUUACAGUUUAUUUCAGUGGAAUAGAUUUACGAGAACCAAUUCUACAAAUGGAUGGAGGAUAAAGGAUUGAGUGUAAUCAUUCAUACGAUUAUGAAGAGACUAUAUUAGAGAUUAUAUUAGCACAUUAGAUUAUAACACUGCAAUGCAUCUGAUUCAGACAAUUGUACCUUUUAGGAAAUGAACCUGUACUUGUACAAUAAAUCAAUGCAUUCUAUUUAAAACCUUUG